CAAAUAAUGGCCGCUCCAUGUUGUUAUUGUGCGUAGCUGCUGCUCGUUAUUUUUGUAAUCAAGCUGUCGCGCUUGAUCGCUAUUCCUCGUGUAGUGACCACAGGCGUAUUGGUUAAAGGUCAAAGGCCAGUUUAAAGUAAAAUUUGUGACUACGAGGCAAAUUAAUUUACUGGCUGAAAGCCUACAAAUGUGCAUUAGCGUUACACUAAGUGCUGCUCGGAAAAAUGCUUUGACAGUGCUUUGUUGUGAUUGUUAUGAUGAAAGAUUUCAUCCUUGUGGUAUUAUUUGGAUUAUGUGAACUGUAAAGGAAUGGGGCGUCGGUGGUACCUACGAGUAUUUAAUAUCGCAUCGUAUAGAUAGUAUUCGCAGUACACGGUGGAAUUAUUUUCUAAUAGUAAACUUAUAUUCCGUGUAUUGGAACCGUGGUACUACUAUAUUCCAAAUUGUUGACUCGGUUUACGAGUCGUUAGUUUCAUAAUGGUGCACAUACCAAGUGCCUAUACUUACAACUUCUGGUCAAAAACGGCCACAGAGGUAGUGGAGCUAACAUGUCUUAUGCCCAAUGGUGUUUUCAUUCCUUUAGAGGCAAAUCGAAAUUCUACACUCGCAGAAAUUAAAGAGGAACUGUGGGAUGAGGCAAGCACAUAUCCAUUGCAUGGAACUCUACGGGAUGCUCCUUCAUAUAUUUUUUCAUGCAUUAAUUCAAAUGCGGAAGUUGAAGUGUUACGAGAUGAAAGUAGACGACUUUGUGAUGUAAAACCUUUCUGUUCGCUUCUAAAAGUGAUAGAGAGAGAAGGUGUUAAAGGCGAUCGCAAUCUAGACUCACAAAUUGGUCUUCUUAUUGGAAAGGGCUUACAUGAAUUUGCAGCCCUAAAGAAUUCUGAAGUAAAUGACUUUCGCUGGAAAAUGAGAGUUCUCGGUGAUGAAAUUGCACUUGGGCGACAAAAGAAAUCAUGGGUGGAGAAAAUGCAGUAUCAGUUUCCUUCACGAUUAGCGACUACACCUGAUGUACCCAAAAACAUUGAAUCUCGUCUGAAGGAUGGACAUAUUCUGCUGCUUACCAAAUUUGAAAAUAUAGAGACAAGCUUUAAGUUUCGAGUACCUCAUACAAUAACGCCUUACCAGUUACUUGAACAAAUUUUAACAAAAAGAGCAAACACGUUAAUGUCACGCGGUGAACGCGCCGGUGAUUUUAUCCUAAAGGUUUGCGGGCAAGAGGAAUAUCUAAUCGGCGACUAUCCACUUAUACAAUUCAAUUACAUACAAGAUUGUUUGGAACGAGAUAUCGCACCAAUACUCGUUACUCUUAGUGUGGAUAGCGUACCUGUUGAUCAAGAUAAUGUCUACGAGAAUCCAGAAUUGGAUACCAUGAAACGAGCAAGACCACCUUUCUCCACGCUAACGUUAAGAAAAAAAGGCAAACAUAUCUCCGUCUGGAAAAUUGACGAGCAAUUUACGUUCAAUGUAAAUGGCAUUUCAAGAUUGAAUUGCGAUGCAGCACAUCGUGUCGUAGAGAUCGGAUUGCAAGCUGGUAUCUUUCAUGGCGGCAAAUCUUUAUGCGAGACCCAAAAAACCAAAGAGAAGAUUGUCAGUCCUGAAGGUAGCUGUGAGUGGGAGGAAACAUUGAAAUUUGAUAUUAAAGUAAGAGAUAUACCCCGAAUGGCUCGACUCUGCUUUGUGCUUUAUGAAGUCAGCAAGACCGCUAAAGGCCUCAAGAGCAGGAGGCUCGUCAAGGAUUCCAAACAAGAUUUCUUUGUUAAUCGCUUAUGUUGGGCAAAUACUACUAUAUACGAUUUCAAGUCUCAGUUAAAAACAGGAGCGAUGACUUUGUAUACAUGGACUUAUGCUGAGGAUAUGCAGAAUGAGGAUCUUCUUCAUCCUCUUGGGACUGUUGUCUCCAAUCCGUAUAUUGAUAGUGCUGCCGCCCUUAUGUUAACAUUUCCCAACUUCGGGAAGGACAAAUCCGUCGUAUAUCCAUCACCGGAGAAGGUUGUUGAGUAUGCUGAAAAUUUACGAGAACCCGAGGAUAGUUCCAUCGAGGAAGAAUUAAAAGAGGAAUCCGAUGCUAAUAAACUUCAACAAUUGGAACAAUUGCGGUUAUUGGCUGAUAGAGAUCCGUUACAUGAACUUCAUGAACAGGAACGGAAAAAUAUGUGGAACCUCAGGCAUUAUUGUUUGCACAAGAUACCGACUCUUCUGGCGAAGUUGUUACAGUGUGUAGAGUGGAACGAUCACAGGGAAGUGGCGGAGGCAACUUCGUUAGUACUACAGUGGCCGAAGUUACCAGUAGAAAAGGCAUUAGAACUUCUGGAUUAUGCUUAUGCCGAUCAAAAUGUCAGGAGUUUCGCUGUACGCUGUCUGAUGGACGUCAGUGAUGAGGAUCUCAGCCUGUUCCUGUUGCAACUGGUCCAAGCGUUGAAACACGAAAACUACCUCUCCUGCGACUUGACAGAAUUUCUCUUGAGGCGCGCACUUAAUAAUCAGAGAAUAGGUCACUUUCUUUUCUGGCAUUUAAGGUCAGAGAUGCAAGUAGGUUCUGUAUCCGUACGUUUUGGCCUUAUACUAGAAGCCUACUGUAGAGGAAGUCAGGAACACAUGCGCAUUCUCUUCAAGCAAAUGGAGUGCUUGGAUAAACUGCGUACAGCAUCAGAGCAAGUGAAGCAGCGUAAGGAUCGAAAAGCUGCGCUUCAAAGUUUUCAGGACUUUAUUCAGGAGCCCCACUGCCAGGAAGCAAUAUCAAACGUCCUCAAUCCGCUCGAUCCGAGCUACAGAUGGAAGCGCAUAAAGAUCGAGAAAUGUCGAGUAAUGGACAGUAAGAUGCGGCCACUUUGGCUCGUUUUUGAGAACGUUGAUCCAUUUGGUGAUGAUAUAUACCUCAUGCUUAAACACGGCGAUGACCUGCGCCAGGAUAUGCUCACCUUGCAGAUGUUACGAAUCAUGGAUAAACUUUGGAAACGUGAGGGUCUUGAUCUGCGUAUGAAUCCGUAUGGUUGCAUAUCGACGGAAAACAGAGUGGGUAUGAUCGAGGUGGUACUGAAUGCUGAAACAAUAGCGAACAUUCAGAAAGAGAAAGGCAUGUUCUCAGCGACUGCGGCAUUUAGGAGAGGUUCUUUACUCGCGUGGCUCAAGGAUCACAAUCAAGCAGACGAUGCGCUGAAUAAGGCGAUCGAGGAAUUCACUUUAAGUUGUGCGGGCUACUGUGUCGCCACUUACGUACUGGGUAUCGCUGAUAGACACUCUGACAAUAUAAUGGUCAAGAAAACUGGACAACUCUUUCACGUGGACUUCGGCCACAUUCUUGGUCACUUCAAAGAGAAAUUUGGCGUUCGACGAGAGCGCGUUCCCUUCGUUCUGACAAAUGACUUUGUACACGUUAUCAACAAGGGUCACACGAAAAAAGGUCAGGCCGUGGAGUUUCAACGUUUUCAGAAUUACUGCGAGCAGGCCUUUCUGGUACUACGUCGUCACGGUGGUCUCAUACUCUCCCUGUUCGCCAUGAUGAUCUCUACAGGGCUUCCUGAACUCUCAUCUGAAAAGGGUCUCAACUAUUUGAGGGACACACUGGUGUUGGAGAUGUCAGAGAACGAAGCACAGCUGCAUUUUAGAAGUAAAUUCGACGAAGCUCUGUGCAACUCAUGGAAGACCUCGUUGAAUUGGGCGUCGCACAAUAUGUCCAAAAACAACAAAACCACGUGAAUUGGCGAUUUAUAGUGCCGCGCAGGGUAAGAAGACUGUCCCGAUUAAACUCUAAACAACUCUACGAUUAGCUAGUGAUUACGGACAAUAUCAUAAUCCCGAGAUUUCAUAGUGCCGACGAUGUUCGAAUGCGUGCAGGAGCAUACGUCGAACGAAAGGACGGCCGAGUUCUGCGUGUUGGGAGUACGAGUAAACCGAAGGAGCAACCGGGAAACAGUAAAUUCAUGUGUCAAAUUCAAACCUACAUCUCUCAUCAUCUCAUUCAGCUUAAUCGAAAUCGCAAAGACUGAGCUAUUGAGCGAGAGACAAAAGAUAUUUUUUUUUACUUUAAUUUUUUCUUUUUAUUAUUAUAUUCGACAUGAAACUAUAUUUUGGCUGAGCGAGUAAAAAAAAUACCUCGCGGAUACUACGUAGCGAAGUAUUUUAUCUUUUUUUCCCGUGGAAACUGUAGGACAUUUCAAAAGACAGAUUAUACAUAACGUGUAUGUUCAGUCACCUAAUGGCAAUGUGAUAACCCAAAGCAAUAUGUACUCAUUUAAGCACAUCGCGCGUUUCUUUCGCGAAGCUAACUCGCAGGCGCGCGAAGUCCACUAGAUAUUACUCUUGUCAUUUAUCUGAUUUCGGAUGGGUCCAUGUUCGCGAGCAUCCCGUCUCAUAAUCCUCAUUAACUUUAUACACCAUUGUUCCUAAACUAUCAUAGGUCCUCGACGUCUCAAUUAUUUCGGCCGCGUCCCAUCUCCCAAUCUACUUUGCAAUUUCACUUGGACAGAUUCCUCGCGCAUGGACCCACUCGCAUCCUAUCCUCGCCAAUCUUCAUUACCGCCACAGAGCAGUAGUCACUCAAUGAUUCGUACAAUCAAGAAUGUGUCAACUAGACGUUUAUUAAUGGUAGGCAUAAUAGAUACAAGAAAAAGGAUAAGCAUAAUAGGUGCAAGAAGAUGGAUCGUGUAUCGCUAGUUAAUUUACCCAAUAUCGAUAGGUUUAAUCCUUUAAUUAAGACAUAGAUAAUUUAAAUUGGCGCGAAUCAUCGUGAGAUAAGAAAAAAAAAACAUGUUCCCAUCUACUGACGCACACGGUACAUAUCGUACAGGAUGCUGAUCGACGCGAGAACUGACUUAGGAUUUCAAAGUGUCUUUUCUAUUCUGCCCGAUCAUUUUACUUCCCUGUACGUUUAUCCCCGCGCCUAGUGUGCAUCUACGUGGUCCUGCCCUAUCCGUCUGACCUUUCACCUCUCUUGUAAAAGCCAUUGCGCUGAAAACUGUAUCUGUCUUAACCGUUCCAUUUGAACUGUACCUAUUUUUCUGCCACUUCCGCAUUUUCCAUUGCUUUACAUUGUUUCUCAUUAGUUAAUACUAGCCAGUGCGCAUGCGCAUUAAUGAGUCUGAUAACGUGUACCGGCUUCACAAUGCGCAUUGACUUUUCCUGGCAAUGCAACCAAAUGCAAUGCAAUUCCACUGUUCAUUAUAUGUUAGACGAAAAAUAAUUAUACCGCUACUGUAUCGUCGCCGCUAUUAUUAUUAUUAUUAUUGUUAUGCUAAAAAAGAAAUUAAACGUCGACCAGAGCACGCACAUGCACAUGCGGUGCGUAGAGAAGAAGAAAAAAAAGCCGCGAGCUUAUUAGUUAAUUUAAUCGCGGAAUUAAGUCGAGGGACGAAUUCUCAAUGUGCUCGUUCGUACGUUUAAAAAAUCUGCGCUCAAUUAUAUCCUGUCGGUCUUCAAGCAAGUUCAGUGUGCGUAACGUUCUGUCAUCGUUGUCAUCGUCACCGCUCACUACCGUCGUCGUACUCGUUUCUCAAGUACCAACAAUACCCAAGAAGACGAGUAUCCCACGUUCUUUGUAAAUCAUCUGUCGUUUCUUGAUUUAAUUGACAAUUUAUGUAAGGACGGAUCCAGUCAUCUUCUUGGAUUGGUGUCGAUGAGCUUCGUCGCGGGUAUUGAUUGCAAAAUUGUACGUAAGGAACUAGACUGCUGUACUGCAACAUUGGCGCGCGUACGAUUUUGAUCGAGUACGAGAAAUUAAAGAUGGCGUCUCAAAUUGACCUUUAGAUACGAAUUAAUACUUGAAGUUCCUAGUUUUAAGAGUUUUUUUUUCUCUUCAGAGAUUAGAUUAUAACGUGUCAAGCCACGGGGAGUGACAAGACUCCCUUGGACUUUGAGACACGAGAUGAGUAUAAAGAAAAAAAGGUAAACAAUGAAAUCGGUAGGUAAAAAGUAAAAGGUUCCACGCGCGCAUCAGCCGUCCUCUUUAAAGCCAGGGCAGGGAUGACCGUGUAGGAGCUGUCUAGAAAGACUAAUUAUAGUAAAUAAAUAUAGCGAUGCUAAGUAAAAACGAUAAAUGAAAAGGGAAGACGAACGAAAUAGGGAAAUAAUUAUGUGACUCGACGAGGCCAAUCAUUUUGAAUAUUCAUUUGUACAGCCGUUCGAAUCGCGCAUAGGUACAGGAAGACACCGAAGGAAAACAAAAAAGCACGAAGCACACGACUGAAAGAACUCACGAUUACUCUCUAUAUCUGCCCCCGACUAUCUUUGUAAAUAUCGUUUAGCUUUUAAACCUACCAAAUUUACUGUAUUUCAACGUUAUUUAUAAAAGCAUUGUAAGAACGAUCGUAAUAAAAUCGUACUACGAUAA